GUGCAUAUGUAAUUUAACAUUUUUCUUUCUCCUCUUUCUCUCUCUCUCCCGAAUCAAGAUGAUUGCAAACAAAGGAGGCGGUGGCGGUGCUGUUGUUGCUAACAUAAGACAACCGAUCAGCUCAGAGUGCUGCAUGUGUGGUGAUUAUGGAAUAUCCCAAGAGCUUUUCAGAUGCAAAAUCUGUAAAUUCCGAUCUCAACACAAAUAUUGCAGCAAUCAGUACCCUAAAGCCGAGUCAUACAAAGCCUGUAACUGGUGCCUGAGUCAGAAACAUGACUCCGGCAACUCAUCCAACUCAUCAUCUUCGUGCAGAAACAACUCCAGCGAUAAUCGCCUUGAUCAUGCCAUCAAGAACAAGAGAAACCCUAAUGAUACUACAAUUGGGCAUGGAGGUUUGAGGGAAAGGAGGAGGGCUUCUGAUAUACAGUUACCAAGCCCCGCUCCGAUCAAGAAACUGCAGGGAUCCUCGGCGGAGGAGGAGUCUCCGGUGUCUACGGGCCGGAAAAGGGUCGGCGGUGUGGUAGCGGAGGAGAAGCAUCAUGUGGGUUUGAGAAAGUCAAAGUCAGCGAAUCAUAUAUCAAUUGGUGGUGGAGGUGUAGGUGGAGGUGGGAUCAAAACAAGACAAGUAUUUAGAAAUAAGGUGAGAAGGUAUAAACUAUUGGAUGAGGUUUCAAGCCAAUGA